CGAUUACACGAUACACAGCGAUUAUAUGGAUUACGCCAGCGCUUUACUUUUUGGCAUCGUUUUGGCGAACUCUGCCGCUCGUCUGGCGUUCCGCUCGCUGCUCGCUCCCAUCCAUUCCAUUCAGCUUCGACCCGAGUUCAAAUCCCAAUAACAAUUCACAGAAAUUCGAUUCGAAUUUAUCGCUCGCCGACGCGCCGCAACAGUUUGAGUUUGUUAAUUGGGAGGAGUGAGUUUCACGUCCGCCCGCGUGUGAAAUAGACGAGCGAAUAGCACGCAAGCCCGUAGUCCUUAUCAGUUUAUCAAUUAUCUGCUGCUCGGCAGGAUAUUCGCGAUUUAAUUGCUCGGAUCGCAAGUGUUGUUCUGCGGUGAGGAAGGCGCAGCUGGGAGUGGACGCGAGCGGGUCGCCGAGCGAUCCUGUGCAGUGCAAAGUGCCCAUCUGUCAACAAAUUCGGUCUUUGUGUUGGGACAAUUCCUUUUAUGCACGCCGAGCUCGCAUGCGAUAGAACGUGUGAUAACGAGGCCGAUAAAGGCAGCCGAGCGACUCGAAACGGCGACGGCACCAAUACCAAUGCGUGCGCGAGAGGGGCGCAUAAACAAAGUGCGAACAGGAGACGGAGAAGAAUUAGCGCCAGAUGUCCUACGGCGGCGGCAACAAAACAAAAACGAGUGCAUAGAGCCCCCAGCGAUUGCAUAUUGCAUUGCAGCAGCGGCGACGGAGUGGCGAAGGCGCCCGAACUAGUCCGUCAUCUGUGCUCCAAUUGAAUCCAAUUAGAAUCGGACCGACGGCUGCAGUUGCAUUUGUGCAUUAUUUUCCCACAGUUCGGGUCGUCAUCUGAUUGCAGUGGAGCUGCGCGGCGGAGAGCGCCCUUCGGGUGGAAAACUAUUCAUUUCCCAACUGGUGCAAUCAACUGAACACGGCCAGCGCGCCUCGCAUGAAUUUCGUUGAUUUUCGCAAUAGACGGAAGCGGACAUUCCUCCGUGCGGGACUGUGAACUGUCGCAAUUAAUUCUGUUGCACGAUAUAAAUCACAUUAGAUCGUGUUUUGCUGCAGUGCUCGACGGCGGAACGUUGUCGGACGCGCGUCGGUGUGCGAUCUGAGUCGGUCGCGUAGCUUAACCUCAUUUCAGCGUGCACGGCGCGCCUGUGUGAGUGCGUUGUGUCGGCGAAUUUGUAUACACGGAUGCACUGCCAAAGAGGAAUCUGAGGAGCGGAGACGGCGUGAGUCCGCCACCACCAUACAGUGGAGUCCGGCAGUGUUCGGACACGUCCCUACUGCGACCAAAGAAAAAGGAGCUGAAAGGAAAAGCGGCGAAAGACUGACAAAACGAUCGUCGGAUAAGGCAGGAGAGCCGUGAGGCGAGAGCGGUCUGGGACUGACUCGAGAGCGUGAACGCGUCGUAUCAGCAGGGAGGGGAGCAUGUUGAUAAGAGAUCUUCAGGCAACAAGAGUAGCGAAACAAAGCGCAGGGGAAGCAGCGGCAGUGGCAGUCAGUCGCGAUUUACGACGGAACCGAAUGGAGUCGCCGCAUUGUGCCUGUAGAAUGCAAUCGAGGGAAUUUAUCAGUUUCGGCCAAUUCCAAUCAGAAUUCGAGGCGUCCUGAGUGAAGUACGUGUGCGACGGUGAAUAUGAAGUUUUGUUGAAAUUAAUCGCUCGCUUGGAAAUCAGCCAAUUAAUCGCAGAGCGGAGAAGGAUGUAACAUGAAGUAUGUGAUUGUUUGUGAUGGUGUUGGUGGUGUAUUUUUUUUGUCUCGUGUUUCCCGUGUGAGCAUCGUGCACAUGUCGUCGGUGUGUGCGUAAGCAUCCCCAUUUGAUAAUAACUGUCAUUGUACACAUUUUGUGAUUCCGUCCUGGUUUCGUGAUAAUUUUUGGUUGGUGAUUUGUGUGCGGGUGGGCGACAUUGAGUUGGAUUUCGCCCGGACGGAGAUGUGGAGUUUGUGUUCAUUGAUGCGAAGGAAGCGCGACCUGAAGAGUUUCCGAUAGAUUUUUGUAUUGACACGAGAUCCUUGGAGGAACACACACACACGUGCGUAUUGUAACGUAAACAGUCGUCGCCAUACGUAGCGAACAUCUGUCGGGCAGCGCAACGCGUCGAGGCGCCGCCGUUAUCAUAUCCUUGUUUUGUGUGGGAGUAAUGUGCAUUGGAUCCUGUCAUCGCUUGCGUUGUGUCGUCGUUGUGCACCUUGUCGUCCCCGUGUCCUUUGUUUUUGGCCAAGUGUGACGUCUGUUCCUGUGUCUCCUCAUGUCCUUUAUUUCUGUUCUGUGUUUUGUCUGUGUAUGCGUGUAGAAUUGUCAAUUUUCAUUUGUGGGACGUCACGGUGAACGUCAAUGCUGUCACUUAUGUCAUUCGAGUCCUUUCGUUAUCGUUAUCACACCAACAGAUUGUCCUUUCCGAGCAAGAAACCAAAUAGUAUUCUUUAUGCAUACUUUCACAGAGUAUUGUGAGUUGUUCUGUUCCGUUCCCGGGUUGUUUAUACGAUUUUUUGUGUGCAGCUCGUUGUCCUACUUUUGUGUUCCUUCCACAAUUUUGCAAUUGCAAAUCCUCCAUCGGAAAUAUGUGUAAUGUACCGGAAAAAUUCCAUAGAAUCUGUCGUCUGUGCCUGAGUGUGGUGAGCGAGCGGGACCUGAGUAAAUUGUCGAUUUUUGCAUCGCCCUCAGAUUUCGCGGGAGCGGUCCGGGGCGGCGAUGGGCUGGUCAAGGAGCAGCGGCUCCAGCGGGCCCCGCAGCGCAGUGACGAACUACAGAACCGGCCCGUCAUCGUGUCAUCAUCUGGAGCAGCGGCAUUGCAAAAUGCUGAUAGUAAGCGCGGCAUGAACGCAGGUUCGAGUGCUAGCGCCAACGUAAACAUCGGCCGAGGGAGCAGCGGUAGCGGCUCGAAAAGCGCUAACAGUGACGAAUUUAGUUUUGGGAACGCUGCCAGCAACUUGAUUAAGCUGCGGAGAAACCCGGCUCCGGCUUAUCGUUAUUCGCCAGCAGCAGCAGCGACCGGCAGCGAUUACGAAAACGCUGAGGAGGAUGAUGAUUCAUCGCUGCCGUCGUCGGAUAACAUAUCCGGUCGAAUUUAUUCAUGCCUCUCGAUCAAGGUCCUGCCCAAUGAUGGAUUACCCUCAGUUGUGUGUCAAAAUUGUAGGCGGCAAUUGGAUACCUGCCACAGGUUUCACACGAAAGCGAAAGAAGCUCAAAAGACUCUCGAAGGUUUUUUACAGUAUGCCUCAAAAGUGAGUGGGAGUGAUGAGGAAAUCCUGGAGAAAACCGCAAGCACCUUAGAUGACAUACUAUCACCUGCAUCAUCACAUCGAAGAUCUGAACGUAUGGCAGCCGCAGCUCUAACCGAACUUAGCAAUACCACAAAUACACAUAAUUUUAAUAACAAUAAUAAUAGUGCAUAUAAUCGAUGCCCCCAUGAGAUUAAAAAUUUAUAUUGUACCACACAAUCAUCGUCGCCGACACCGCCGCCACCGCCCACAUCAAUAGUUACCUCAAUAUUAAAUAAAUCAUACAUAGAAAAUUUGGAAACAAAUUCUGUAUCUGUGAUCCCAAUUGUUGACAACAAGAGCAAUAGCGUCAAUUUAGUGACGACUAAUAAUAAAAAUGUCGAAAUUGUUGCUGAUAGUAGUAAUAUUGUACAACAGAAAACCUAUAAUCCUGAACAGAUGUUAUCAACAACAACAGUAGAGUUACCUGCCACAACCUGUUCAAUGGAAGCAAGCACCCUAGCCGCAUUGGCAUCCUCGAAACAUUUGACCCAAUUACAACAACGCCUCGAAACCGCUGCCGUCUUAAUGGAUAUUAGUAAGAAAGUGAUUAUCUCGCCGCCCAAUUCGAAUCCACAGUCGCCAAGUGUCACAGCAGUAGCUACCAGUGGUAGCGCAAGCGGUGGAGGCACUGUGAUUACCGCUGAUUCAUCAAGUAUUAAAAAUUCUGUGAUAACCUCUAUUAAACGCUCAACAAGUAAUGAAGAAAUUGAUUUGUCGAUGAAACGUUAUCGAAAGGAAUUGAUAAAAAGCCCUAAUGACAGUGUCACCCCGGAUAUAAACCGUAAUUGUGAACAGCUGACAAUAUCGUCGACUCCUAUAAAGAAGGAGGUCAUUGAUCAUGAUCACGAUGAAAGGGAUGAUGAGAAUAUAAAUGAAGACGAUCGAAUUAGCCAGAACAGUCAUUCAAACGAUGAUAGCAGUGAUUCAGGAAGGUUGCAAAUGGACAUAACAUCACAUGAACAGGAAGAGUAUGCGACAAACACACCUGCCUCCAAAGUGGAUGAAUUAGGACGAGAAACACCUGAUAGUAUGCAGUCCGAUGAUCAUGGAACCGAUCCGGCCACAACACAACUUUGGCAAGCUUUAGCACAUACAACAGUGAAUGGAACAGCUUCGAAUGAAGCCACACAACUUCUGCGACGAAUGUUCAAUUGCCGGAUUGGCUUUUCUCUAACGCCACCAUUUGACCCACAAGGAAGGAAUAUUUUGGAACAACCAAUUGCUUUGUUAAAAAAUGAAAUAAAUUCAUCAGAACGUCAACCCAACAAACCAGUAGGCAGACGAAAACAAUCUUGUCCAAGUAAAAAUGACUUUAUGGAUAAAAAGGAACAACAACAAGCAGUAGAUCAAAGUGGUGGUAACAUAGGGGAUACGCGUGCUGUGUCCAAUGCAUGGCCAAAUUCAUUUCCAGAAGAUAAAUCUAAGCAGGGCAAACAAUCGAGUUCAAAUACGUCACAGAAAGAUAUGUCCUGUACAAAUUGCGGAACACUAACAACAACAAUUUGGCGACGAAAUGUACGAGGUGAAAUGGUAUGCAAUGCCUGCGGUUUAUAUUUCAAGUUACAUGGUGUUAAUCGACCCCAUUCAAUGCGACGGGAUACAAUACAUACACGAAGAAGACGACCAAAAGGUGGCGAUAAAUCUGGUCGUAAAAGACAAAAAUUGGAUGAUCAAAAUGCUGAAGUAGAUAGCAGCGAACAGAGUGAACGAACUAAAUCCGAUUUACAAGCCCUUCAGAAUCACAACUUCUUAAUUGCCUUAGGCGGAGUUAGAGGAUCUUCACCAUUUCAAAUGCCUCCCUAUACACAUUUUCUACGUGCCUCACAAAAUUUUGUUGAAAAUAAUCAACAAACGGAUACUAAUUUGGAAAAUAAUCAAAAAAGCAUCAUGACAACAUCAACAAUAGCACCAAUUGAUGACGACGAUAAUCCGAAUAGUAGUAAUAAUGAUGAAAAUGAAGAAUUAGCAACGUCCAGUGUACCUUUGAAUCUUGUCUCGAAUCAAAUAAGUGCUAGUGAAACAACAUUAUCGCCUUAACCCUACAAACUUUCUUCAAGAAAGAUAAUUUUACGAACUAUUCGGUAGUCAUUCAACGAAUUUCAAUUAAAUUUUGAAAAGGAUAAGACAUUUGACAGUGGAUUUAGAAUAUAGAAAUGAAAAAUCUUACUUCUUUAUCAGUUGUUUUUAUACUAUACAUACCCAUCAGAAGGGCACUAUAGCAAGAGUAAGGAGUGAAAAUUUAAAAGAGAUAAUAAAUUCAACCGGAAAAUUUAAAGCAAUUAACUAUAAUAAUAGCGCCACCUACUUAGUAUUGAAACGAUUUGAUAGAUUUUAAUGCAAACAAAAAGAUCAAAAUUCAGUUGACAUGUUAAUACUUUUAGUACUUAUGUAGAAUCCACUAAAAAAAUUCGUAAUAAUUGGAGAUGUUUUCUAUAAAAUUUUUCAAAGCAAUCUGAAACUUAAAGGGGGGGUCUAUUUGGAUUGAAUCAGAAUGUGUAUUAUUUCGUUUAACUUAUUACUUGAAAAGUUGAACUGUUUUAUCUCUAAUCUGAAUAAUACACUUUCGACUUGAUCGUGUAUUCAGUACAAGAAAUAAACGUAGUUUUUGCAAAGAUUUAUUAAAUAUUCUGUUUCAAAACAAAUGGAUUCCCUGCGGGCGAAAAUAUGUCUUUGAGAUAGUUGAAACAAAAUAAAAUUCUUGCCUAAUUGCAAAAGUGUGAUAAUAGUUACUUGUUUGAAUAAUGCCUAAUUGCUAAAAACUAUCUAAAGAAAUUGUCUAUAGACCAUGCCUAAGUGAAGCCGACUAGAAGUAAAGUAGUGACAUAGAAUUCAUCCAAUUGAUCCAAAUGAAUGAGGAAUCUAGCACCGCAUAGUUUUACUAGAGGGGUUGUGAGAUGGAAAUCUGAAUUGGUACAUGUAAAGAUGCUAAAUGACAACAUAUUACUGCAUCGAAGAUGAAAUGAGGGAAGUACUGGAAAAAUAAACCAGAACACAGAUUACAAAACCAUGCAAAACAAAAUAGAUUUGCACACUAGUUAUUUUUUUAAUCUGAUGACAAAUAUGCGGUAACCACAAUGACAAUUUUAAACAAGCAACAUUUUAGAAUCUCUUUAAUCUUAUUUAGUUACGGAUCCGUCAAGAAAUACUCAAGAUAUUGUUCUAUAUUUUAGUAAGAAAGCAAAGUGAAAAGGUAAAGCUAAUAAAAAUUUUAAAGGAACAAAAAAAAUUCAAUCAAAUAUAAAAUAUAUUUUUUCAAAAGAAAAGAAAUAUAAAUUAAUAAUAUUUUGAAUAGUUUUAAGUGUGAGCGAACAAAUCGAUUAAGACAUUAUUGUAAACUAAGUGUAGUGAUUGCUAAAGAACAAAGUGAUUGUAGAUAUUAUUGCAAAUUUUUCUGCUCGUUGAUAUUUUUCUCUAAAAGAACUACACUACACAUUGCCUUGGGCAGCUCAGUUAUAUAGAACAAAAAAUAAAAGUAAAACGUAACGAAACGUUGAAAGAAAAGCAAAAAUAAAAAUAGAAUGAUGGGAGUGCUUGUGGAAUAAUCCAGAAGUGAAUUGAGUGAUCGAAAUUUCUAUAUUGAUAUUUUUCGAAAGUAUUAUUUUUCUAAAAAAUUUGACUAACUGAAUAAAUUACAAUUCUUUUGCGAUAAUCAUAAUAAAGAAAUAAGCGGAUGAGAUGCAGUCAACUGAGCAGUUUUUCAGUUGAUUAAGAAAUUUUACUGCUAGCUCUCUAAGAACAAGAACAAAAAAGUAAGAGAUAUUGCAAGAAACAUUUUUGAAUUGUAACACAUACUAUGUGGAUCUAACAAAUUCGUAAAACACACAGAAAGAAAGAUGUGUACUUAAUAUAUAUUAUAAUCUAUCUCGAACUUAUAUAUAUAUUUAAUAUAAUGUAUUUAAUUUAUGCAGCUUUUACCGAAACUUCAUUUCUAUCAAUAGAAACACGUAACUCAUUAGAUGUAAUAUAAAAUGAAGGAAAACAAAUACUCAAGUCCAAAUUGUAAUAAUUACAAAACAACAUUAAAAAGUAAACAAAACUAUUCUCAAUGUGUUGCACACAGAAUUAUAUAGUGAAUUGGUGUCGAUUUAAGAUUCUCAUUUACAUUAAUAUGCUUAGGAAAUUUCUUCUCUCUGUAUUAGUUGCACUCGAAAAGUAUUAAUUAUUCUAUGAUAUAAACUACUUGAAUUCUUCUCUCUCUGUGGUAAUUUUUUUUUGUAUAUUCAUAAACUAUUUAAUUUCAUUCACUUUAUAUUUUAUGCUUCUCUUCUAAAAAGCAAGUUUUUUCUACUCUUAGUAUUUUUCAUGACAAUAAUAUUUUUCUUUCAGUAUUUUUUCAUAUAGUUAUUAAUUGUAUGUUCGUUCUCGUAUACAUAUUUAUUUAAAUUGAUUACUAACCAAAGACAGAUUUUCGAAAUAUGAUGGCGGUAGACAGAGGGAAGUUACGAUAUGUAUUGAAAUAGGAACGCUAUUGGUAAGUAAAUGAACAUUUACUCGAUAUCUGAUAGAUUUAUCCAUUUAAGCCUACUUAUUUGCAAGUAAUAUUGAAGGAAAAAAGCUGAGGCUUUAAAGAUCAAAGAUUCAUCUAUUCUAUGUGAUGUUCCCUCAUUUGAAGGUGAAGUGAUUUCAAUAUCCAUAAUGUAGGUCAGAGAUUGUUUUAUCUCAGCAAACUCGUCACCCUCCAAUCCUUAAUUUCAACAAACAUGUUCCCAAAACGUGUUUUUUUUUUUUUCAAAUUCUGAAGCCAAUUUUGAAGGCUAAUCGCACCCUGAAGGAUAGCCGUAUGGGAAAACUUUUUAUACCAUUCGAUGUGGCUUGAAAUGGACUAUCCAAUACCAUGCUUAAAUCAACCCCUCAAUUGUUCUUAAAUUCUCCACUCAAAUCAACUAGCAUCGACUUAAUGGUAUUCCUAUCUAUUUCAAUUGUGGUCCAUGCGUGGCUCAACAUUUUGGUAAAAAUGUACAUUUUCGAUUCCUUAAAUCUAUUCAAUUUAAAUAAUUCAGCUAAGAUCAAACGAAUAUCCUUUUCCAUCUAAUUAUCUUGAAUAGUCAUCUAUUUUGGCUUCUCAGUCUUCGACUUGUCAACUGGAAAAGUUAUAAUUUGAGAAAAUGACCAUAUAGUUAUCCUCAUCCGAAAUUCAUUAAAUUGAAACUUCUUUUUAGCACUGUUAAUGGCCUACUUCUAGUACUGGGGAUUUGGCGUCUGAUACGCAGUGUGAAAAUAAACAAUUUGGUUUUGUAAGCAAAUUUUCUGGUGAAAAUGGUCAUGGCAUUAUUUUAACGUUCGCACGUCCUCAUAGAAGCUCCGCUAAACGUUCGCCACAAUCUGUGAAAAUAUUAUUCAUGACGUCAUCAGUCCCUACGGCAUUUAGCUCACGACGCCCCAUGUCUGUUUGUGGGCCGUUGCGUCAAUGAACAAAUGUGUUGAGUGAAAAUUUUACAUGGUAUUGAGAAAGACGAAAUCAUAGAAAUGAUCGCAUUCACAGGGAAUCUCGACUCGUAAUUUUCGGCUGCAAUUAAAUAAGUUGGCUAGCGACAACAAUUAAGGUCAAUGCCAUUAAACUCAUUGCGCUCGAACUGCUAAUCAAAACGUUUGGAAGUAAAUGGAACCCAUGCAACCGUGGUUGUAACCGACAAGGGGAACACACUUUAUAUGGAAGAUAUUCUUGAUGUCUUCCUACUCCUCUUCGGCGCUAGCUGAAACCGCGCAAUACAAACAGUCCGCAUAUCUUUGGACAGACCCGGUAUAACGUCAUGAAGGGCAGUGAACGAAAAAAGAAAGAACUUCUCUGGCUACAAUUUUAUUAUUUAAACAAACGCAGUAUUUCGGCAAGUAGUUAUUUCCUUCCCUUACUCAGUGUUUGUUUACUUACAGAAGGCUAUUGGCUGCCAAAUUUACUCCAAAAAUGGCCAAUUUGAUAAAAAAAUAACAUGAUACAAAAAAAAACUUAAUAUGGUACUGCAGUCCAAUGUUGAUCCUUGGCCUUCCAAAGUCCUUGUAUGAACUAUUCUCGGUCAAGCCACGGUAUGGUUCUCCGAAUUGUAUCUGGGUUUUCCAGGUGAUCUUUUAUCUUCCACCUUCCUUUUCAGUAGGCGUUUGAAAAUUCCGUUUUCGUCCAUGGCCUCGAAUCUAAAUAUGAAUGGUGGAUUUUAGUUCGUCGUAUGACAGGUACAACUGGCUGUUUUAUCUCCGUUCUCACAGACUCUGGACUUUUUGCUCUUCGGCCUGUUUCAUUCUCUUAACUGCCUUUUAUCUAAUAGUCGCGGACAGGCUAUCAUCAAGGAGUUUCAACGAGUAACUUUUUCAUGUACACAAGAACGUGAACGGUCUAAUUGUGUACCUUUAUUAUACUAUAUACAAUAGAAGUUGGCAUUAGUCGAGUUUGUGCUGGAUGCAGCCGAACAUAAAAGUACAUCAAAGGAACAGCGUACGAACUUACUCUAAAGUGACCCAUAGACUUCCAACGUAGCUACAAAUCAAUGCAUUUAAAAUCUUCUGAUCUGUUUAAACUCUCCGAAAAUUUUUGCCUUCCUUGUUUCAAAACUCUUUAUCCAAAAUGUUUUCUUUGUCUUCCAAUUGAAGGAAUCAAUAACCACUUUUCCCUUCUUAAAUUACAAUCUCAACAGAUUUUUUUCUCCUAAAUCAAGAUAUUAAUAAAACAUCUCAGAAAUAUUUUCUACCUCUCUCAGCGCUCUUCUUUCUAAACUGAUACCUACGCAUAAUUUUCCUCCGCAAUCCCAGUAUAUUACAUUAGGCAAAUUUGCAGCUAUCGAAGUCGCGUGUCUGUAAUAGAAGUCGGCAAGCUAUAAUCGCAUCAGUAUUUCACAACAUUCAUAUAAGUGGAUGAAGUCUGUCUGACCCUCUUUAAUAAUCUAGACUCAACAUUCACCCAAACCCAGUCUGAGAUGCUUUGAUUCAGUGAAGUAGUUCUUCCAUAUAUUCCAUGGUUUGGAGCCUGGUCGCCCAACUUAACGACAAAGAUAUGACCUAAUCCAAGAAUCUGCGCAUAAAGACUGUGAACAAGAAAUGGUAAUCGUUAAAAAAAAGGUUUAGGUCAAUUAAGGAACUUGCUUUCUCCAGUUCAUUUUUUGUCCACGAUUCCUGGUGGAUGAUCAAACUGGAUUUGGAGCAGAAAAUCAAAUCAAAUCAAAUUUUAGUCCAAAUAACUUCGCAAUGUUCCCUUUUCUUUGUAAGGGAAUCAAAUAUACACUGUACGUCCUACAAGUUUCGACCAUAAGGUCUAAAAAGCCCUAAAAAAUUGGAAAAAAAAUCGUAACACAUAUUUUUGUUCAAAAUUGUGUCCAUUACAUAUUUUAAUUUUUCCAUUACCUUAGAAAAUGCAUAAUGGUUCCGGUUAAGUUCUAAUUUCAAUUCUGAAAAUGCGGACUGCAUUGUCCGGAGGUCGCAUAUGUGAAGAAUAGUGGAGCAACUAAGAGUUGUGACCUGUUUUUGCGCUAAGUUUGCUGAAAAAUUGGUAUACUGUGGGGCGGAUUAGUAUCGUUCAAAAGGAAGAAGCUUCGAUCGUUUCUAGAAUUCAGUGUGACAUGUGAAUUGCGUUGUGCGGUAGUUUUAGGUAUCCUCGUUUCCUCUUCUUCUCUUAGUCGACGGUCAUCCUUCAAAACUAAUGCUAUCCGAACGAUGUUGACUUCUAGUUUCGUUGUCAUUGAUCCCUCGCUUUUCCUUUGUAGAAUCCUUAAAACAAAUGACCAAAAGAACCAAACGACAGAGUAGAAUCAGUAUAUGUAGUCUCGAUCAUUUCAAACUUCUUCAUCACAGUCAAUCGUUUUUAACACAAAAUUUUAUAGUGGCUCUUUGUUUUUGCGUCUGUGUACUUUUCUCGAUCUCAUUAUGGGGAGGACCGCAUAAAAUACUUUAUGAGCAGUAGUUAUCCGCCUUUGGAUUUCGUGUUUUUUUCUUUCCCUCCUUCGAGAGACGGACUCCUAGGUAGACGAAUUGCUCCACCUUUUCGAAAUUAUGCUCUCAUCCAUUGCAAUUUCUGCAUACUUUCGAGGUUGCGUCGUGUAUUUCGUUUUGGAUCUAUUAAAGCUGAGCCCCGCUUCACUCGCUGCUGACUCGAACUACUCGAACACUUCCUUCGCCCGAAGGUCCACGUCGUUUGCGUGCGCGACCAGUUGUGCGGAAUCUAUCAGUAACUUACCUCUGGUUUCAACUGAGGUUACCUUUCUGACGAUCUAUUCGAGUUCUAAGUUAAAGAGAAUUGGGGGGUUAUUUGUCUCGACACUAUAGGAAAACUUUGUAUCCGUUCAUUUUGGAUUUUUACCUGCUCCUCGUUGUUAAUCAUUGUGGCUUUCACUAGCUGGACUAACUUCGGUGGGACUUUUAGCUUCAUCAUUAUUCUGCACAGAGCAUUGCGGUUUACACUAUCGUAUACUUGGCAUAAGUCAGUGAAUAGUUGUUGCACAUCGAUGUCAUAUUCCCACCUCUUUUCAAGCAUCUGUUUAACUGUGCAUAUCUGGUCCGUUGUUGAUCUGAAGCUACCUUGGUAUUCCCCGAUGAUGUUAUCUGUAUAUUCUGUCAGUCCUCGUUCCAUUAUAUUCACCAGCAUCUCGUGCUGCUGCAAUGUGAUCCUCUUUGUAAUUUCUGCAAUGCAGACGAACAUCCUUUUUGUACAUUGGACAAAUUACACUUUUCCUUCAGUCGCCAGGUAUUUGUUCGAUUAUCCAGAUUCAGCUGAUUAGUUUGUAGAUUCUACUGGUGAGCUCUGUUCCCUUUCUUUUAUGAGCUCGGUUGAAAUGCCAUCGAUUUCGAGAACUUUAUGUGAUUUUAAUUUAAACAAGGCUGGUUCUAUUUCGUACAAAGUCGGGGCUGUGGGCACGUUUUCUCCGUUUGGGUCAUUCGGAAUAACAAAGGGGUGGAAAUGUGUUAUCAUUGGGUUCAAGAAGGCUUGAAAAUACUAAACCAAUUUUGCUCUUAUUUGGGUCGUGUCGCUGAUGAUAUUGGCAUUCUGAUCUUUACAGAGAGUGGUUCGCGAUUUAAAACCUGUCCUCAUCUGUUUCACUGUAUUAAAUGCUACUUCGUUCUUCUUCAAGCUGUCGUCAAGUGUGACUGUUUUUGGCUAUUCGACAGCGGUACUUCCCUCUAAUCAGGAAAUGGUCCGAGUCACUGUUAGCACAUCGUAGCGUCCUCGUGACCAAUUUGUUUGAGCCAGCUCUUUUUUCGACGAGGACGUAUAGGAGCAGCAUUCCAUUCCACUUUUCGUUGAAAUUUCCCUUUCAGGACACGACAGAAUCCUCCCUCCUUUUAAGAACCUGAUCCUAGCUGAUUAUCAUAGAAAUCAAUCAAAUAAUAAAAAAAUAUGAGUCACCUUUGCUUUCGUCAGCUUUGAAAAGGGAAGAACAUUUAAUUUUUUCUUGACUUUGUAGGUCUCCCAUUAGCUGGAUUUUUAUCAGACAUGAACUGUUUAUGCUAAAAGAUAACUUGCGUAGUCAAUGUUCGCUAUAUGUUUGACUCCGUACCACUCUCACCUGAUGGUUAGUAAUAGUCAUAGUGUCUUUGCUCAUAUUUAGAUACUCAAGUUUAUUAUAUAAGAGGCUACCCCAUUCAAGAAUAACCUACGUUGCUUAUAAAUUCAGUAAUUAAGAAAUUGCAAAGAACUAGGCUCAGUUUAAUUUUAUCUUAUCUGUUUAAUUUGUAUCUUAUCUGUCACCAUAUUCGAGUAUAUGCGAAGAUUUUGAUCUGUUUUGUGAAAAAUUCGUCCUCGUGAUUCUGAUAAGUAUUACACGCAAUUGUAUUAAAGUUUCUCUAAUUUUUCACUGCAAUGUUGGAAAUGGAUUAAGUACGUAUUUUUUAUGCUUUUUUAUUAUAUUUUUUACGUAGCUUACUCAUGCCCGUUAACUAUUCUUAUGUAGCGCAGGGGAUAUCCACGUAAUCUCGGUUUUAUUGUUGAAUUGAGACUAUGGUUUAGUUUCAUCUCCAUAAUUUGUAUUGUUAGGCAAGGGAUAAGCCAGUACAGUAACUUACGUAAAUUAGAAUAUCGCAUAUUUCUUCUACUCUCUUAAAAUUGGCAAAAAGUCGAAAUAUCAAAGUGACAUUUUUAAAAUACUCAUGUAACAAACUCAUCAUUGGAAACUCUUCCGAUUAUCUCUUCGUUUAUAUAAUUCUGUGUAGCAUACGAAAAUUCAGAAAGCUUUAGAGAUCAAAAUAAAUAAACAACAAAUGACAAUGAAGAAGCAAAGCAAAAUGAAAAGAACCUUAAAAUAAAAUUAUAUAUUUAUAAAAGAAAUUCAAGUAUAGCAAUUAGGGAAAGUGCCGAGAUUGAUUGAAUCAAUCAAACAAUUGUAAUCAAGUAUACCAAUUUCGUUUACCAGUUUUUUUUAAAUAAACAAGAUUUUAGUAGCUUUAGAGUGUAAUGAUCUUAAUAUUAAUAACAAAUAAUAAAAUCUUAAGAAUAACUUAAAAAUGAUUAAUAAAUAAAGUUGAUAUAAGUUUCAAAUAUACAUAUAUAUAUAUUUUACUCUUCUAAUAUUAUUUACAUGCAUAACACGUGAGCAUUAUUAACGAAUUUCUUAAUUAUUAAUAAAUUGAUAUUAACAUUUGGUUUUGUCUAAAUGUAGAUUUUUAGUUAAGUAAAAAGAUUGAUAUAAUAUCCUUCCAUGUGUGUUUGAAACACCAACAAUCUCUUCUAUAUAUGUAUAUGGUAUAAUUAUUAAAAAAAAAUGAUUCUCAUUUCGGAAUUUUUCUCAUAGAUUUACGAUAGUUUUAUUAUUAUUACAUAUAUACAUAACACACCAAGAAAUUAAAUGCAAAAUGCUUGUUAUAAAAAGAAACAAUAAGUAUAAAAAAAAUAUACUAAAAAGGUGAAGAAGAACGCGAAAAUAAGGAAAAGAACAAUUCUAAUCUUAGAAAGUUGAAAAAAAAAGUUAAAAUAUAUUUUUUUAUUAAGAGAAAAAUACCUAGAUUUAAAACAAAAUAUAAAAAAAAUAGAAACGUGAAAGAUGAAAAAAUUAAACAGUAUUUUAUUUUUUUAAACUAAUUGAAAUUGUCCAAACAUCCGUUUUUUUCUUAUUUAUAUUAAAUAUUUAUGUAAGUAGUAAUUAAUAUCGUAAUAAUUUCAAACUUGUAUUUAUUGUGUAUUUCAUUUGCCUUUAGAUUGUUUGAAAAUUUUGUGAAAACGUGUUUAAUUGAUAUGUAUAUGCUAAAUUUCUGAAAGAGAUAAGAAAUAUUGAGAUUUAAGUUGAAACACUUGAACCAAGCGUACACGUUGAUACACAGAGAUUUUUUUUUGUCAAUUUAACUUUAGUGCAAUUCUUUUUUUUCAUUGUCAGACAAUUGAAUGCGUAUUUUUUUAAGCCAAAUCAGAAUCCCUUAGAUUAUUUUUUAACUGAGCAUAAUCAAAAGAAUUGCACAUAUUUUAAUUUGCAGCUAAACGCCUGAUCUUGAAUCUCAAAGUCAUUAUUUAUCGUGAAUUAGUCAACAAGUGUAAUAAAUUUACAAAUUCCCACAAAGCCACUUAACUUUCUUUGGUCUUGUAUCGAGGUAAUAGCCCAAGAUGUUGUAUUUGACAAGAACCUUUAACAAUAAUUCAAAACGAAAUUGGACUUUAAAGAAUGUCUCGUUUAAAACUGCAAAACUUGUUCCCUGAUUGACGAUGAAUGUCUCAUUGGCUGUAACGUAAUUCUGUCCACAGUUUAAAAAUAGAUCAUUAAACGGCAGCUUGUUCUUAAAUUUCAUGCACACCGACACACACACAUACACGCACUUUUACUUAACAUAAAAAAGUAGCAAUAUACAUAAUUGAAUCUUUUCUACCUUAAUACGCUAAUAAUAGUAAUAAAGAAUAACAAUAAACUAAAAAAAGAACAACGCAAAAUGAUAUCAUAAAGAAAUAUAAUUUAUUCUAAUUUUAUUAAUACGAACCUCUAAUAAGUUCUACUUUUUUCCAUAUCUACACAUAAACACAUACACACACAUAUACUAAUUUAUGGCAUUAUUUAAUUGAAUUUUAUUUUAAUGCAGGGAUUCGUACUUACACACAAGUUUUAUUAAUUUUUUUCUUUAGUAAUAAUACUGGCCUAGCAAAAGAUAUAAAAUACAAAUGGAAAGAUCAAAUAAACAUUAGUUAGUGUUUAGCCAGUGAAUGCUAUGCGUCCAAUUGUAUAAAAAUAAUACAUGAAAAAAAAAGCAAAACAACACAAUUACUUGCAUAGUAUAUACACGUUUUAAUUUUACGUAUGAUUGGAUAUGAACAAAAAAAAGCUCACCAGACCAGAUACCAGUAUAUAAUGACAGGGUUUUAAAUGAAAAGAAAAAAUGUUAUUAUUAACUAACUUUUUAUUAUUUAUGUAGAGUAUUAUGUAAAUUUUUUUGCUAUUUACUAAAAUAAUAUUUCUUUUGGAAAAGAA